AUGCCUGCUUUUGAGGCCUUCUACUGUAGCAGUUUGAACUGGUUGAAAUCAGUGCAUCGUUCGAUGCAUCAAGUAUAUUUAGCGCUUUGUUCGGGACUCAGAUCCAAAGCAGUUUGUCUCGCCAUGCAUGUUCCUCAUGGACCAGCUUCGUGGCCGGUGGGGCUUCUUUGGGUGAAACGUUCCUCGCUCCGCAAGCCAUGCCUGGGCCCAACGCGCUGGACGGUUUUGGUAUCCAACAUUCAAGAAUGGCGGCGGCAAGCGGCGCAUGGUCGUACUUUCAUCGACGUUGAGGAAGAAGUCAAGUCGACUCUUCACACAGGCGAAUUUGGCAUUGCCCGGACUGGUGAAGAUGCGAACACGGCGGCCAAGUCAGCUCUACAAGCCGUCACAAAAUGGACGAAGCAGACAAAGCAAGCAAGUGUCCUGCUGAUAUCUUCAGAGUUUGGGUAUCCCUUCCGCCUGCAAGCUGCAGGGUUAGACCUCAGGGACAUAGGCAAAGUCAUUGUCAUUGGAGAAGUACCAAGGGUUAACAUGCUAAAAAUGCUGAAAGAUGAUUGGGGCAUGGAUAAAGACUUGGCAGAGAUGUUCUACAACUACUUCGGUGGCGACAUUUACACCACCAAGCAGGCUUUGGAGAGCCUCAUGCGGAAGAGGGACAACUUUGACCCCUUUGCAGUUAUGCAAUGCCCCGGCUGCCUUCGUGUGUGGAAAAUGCAGCGGCCAGGGCUCACCUCGAGAACAUCGCGAAGCAAGGCUUCUCUUUGGUGCAGAAUGCGGAGACAGACGGAGGUGCAAAAAUGA